AUGAAUUAUUCAUGUUUUUUAUGCGGUUCUGAACUGAUUGACUCUAAAGAUCGUUACUUGGUAACUGGGAGAAGUUCAUUUGAUAUUGUCGAAGCCAUUCAAAACUUACCAUUUGAUAUAAGAUAUAAUAGCGAAUCAUACGUGUGUAGGAAGUGUUUAUCACUGUUGAAGAAGAAAAGAAAUUUGGAACACUCGUACGAUAAGUGUUUGAAAGAACUCCAACAUCUGGUUAAUAAACCGUCCGGCAAUCCAGAACCGUUGUAUACGAGUACGCCUGUUAAAAAGGCACCUACAACACAACAGCUACCAGUUGAAACAAAUACAUCGGAUCCGCCGACGAGUCAGACGACUGCUACGGUAUGUUUGUCAGUUUGUAAUUAAUAUAAGUUGCUUUUACGAUAACAGUUUGCUGAUUGAAAGAACUUUGAAAACCUACCAUAAUAUUUGUCCGUAUUUGUUGUUAGAUUUGUGUUUCUUGGCCGUCUCAAACUCGCCGUCAUAACCUAGUGAAAGAGCUUGAACCUCUAGGCAAAGCUCUAGUUCGUGGAACAUUUACCCAAAUUGCAAACACUGCCUACAAAUGCAAGCAUCUUAGAAAGGAACUGGUAAAUUGUGUGCUGCAGGACGUGAGGAAAUAAUUAAUUGGCCUUUGUGGAAGAAAAAACCCAUCCAAAUGUCGACCAUCUUCUGAAAAUCCUGUGUGUAAUAUAACAAUAGAAGACAUAUGCUUUGAGUGGUCAACUAGGGCUCCCAUUUUUUAUUCGUUUUUGAUCACUGCCAGUGUGCCCUCUAGACGUGAGGAUGUCAAGUCGGUCAAAACCCUGCCUAGUGUCGCAGUGGCUGGUUCUGUGUUGCUACGAGAGCGUUGCAAGGAAAUGAAUGCAUUACAACACCUCAUUAGUAUGAUUAUCAUGUUCAGCCCAUACCAGGUAUAUACAUCUUGUUUCUUGUUUCUUAAUGUUUUGAUAAAUGUUUUCCAAGUUGUGACACUCAUUUGAUAAAUUAGCCUAAAAAUUAGGUUUCGUUGUUUACAAAAACAUUUGGCAGAGUGCUCAAUGGAUAUCCAGAGCAUAAUUAAAUAAGUGCAACAACUCAACUAGGCAUCUUUAUUACUAUUAGUUUCGUACCACAAGAUGUAGCACUCAUCAUGAUUUAUUAUAUAUAUAUAUUUAUAUUAAGAUGAAAAUGUUCUAGAGUGUAUAUUAUAUAAUUUUCAUACCCAGCGCAAGCGGAAAGAUGUUGUCUGCCGCGGCUGGGUCUUGAACCCACGACCUUCGAAUUACUAGAUCGACGCUCUACCUACUGAGCUACACGGUCAGACGGAUUUAAGACUGGAAAUUAUGAAAUAUAAAACAUAUUACGGAUUGUACAAUAACACAACUUCCAGAAAUCAUUUUCAUUUCUUCAGUUAUAAUUAUAAUUGUUAACAUUAUUAAAUUUAUAUAGACCAUGUUUAACCGCCUUAAUUGUAUGAGGCUUGUAUUGUCUAAUUCGACUAUGCUGCGACGUAUGAACGACUUUGCAAAACUACAUGAUAACAAAUUGUUACUGUACAAAGGAAAAUUUGUGGUUCAGGCAAACCAAUCAACACCAAAUCCUGGCAAAACUUUUGUAAUUGAUAAUUUGGACUUACGCCAGAAAGUAAGCAACAUGACGGAAGAAAACCAGAAUGUGGACUACCACUGGGUUAAUGCUAAUCUAAUUAACAACAGAGUUUCUGCCAAUCACCUUGAUGACAAUGGACCCAUUAAAGAUGUUAUGGAAGUACAAGUGAGUGAUAUUUUGCCAAGCCCAGAAGAUCAUUUGGCUUAUGCUAAGAAUAUCAAAACCCAUAUUCAAAGAAUUCUUGUUAAAAGGGUUCCUUGUCUACAAUUUAUGCAAGAAUGUGUUGUUCAUCACAUACCACAUCCACAUCAGAAGGAGAUGAGUAAGAAAGCAAACAAGGUUGGUUUUUUGCAAUGCACCAUAUAUUUAUUUUACCAACUUUCAGUAACUUAUGUUUUACAUGUAUUUGAUGCCAGACAAAUUUUCUCAUCAACGGACAACCAUUGA